CAGACAAUUCCCACCUCACAAGACACCGGCUCGGAACAGUAUUACGUACCCGUUCUGAUCGAAAAUGGCAUCGCUGGAGGAAUGGGUCGAGCCGGACUUCCAUCAGGUCAACCUCGACAUCGAAGCUCAUCUAAAGAACGAACGGGGUUACAAGUUGGAUGCCGACGACCAGAUAUGUAAGGACAACCUCGAACCCGAAGGAUGUCCCCUCGGCGCCAACUGUCCUCUCCGCCAUACAACACCCAGCCGGGCCAACUUUCAACCCCCUCCCCCUAUCCCUUCACACCCACGUGAUAGAGAAAAAGUCUUGACGGUCUGCAAGCAUUACCUGAGAGGACUUUGUAUUAUGGGCAAGAAUUGCGAGUUCUUGCACGAAUACGACCUGAGGAGGUUUCCGGAAUGUUGGUGGUGGGGCACGUAUGGGUUCUGUUCGGCCGGGGAUGAGUGUCUUUAUUAUCAUCCGAAAGUGAGGAAGAGGGAGUGUGAGGAUUAUAAUCGGGGGUUUUGUCGAUUAGGUCCGGAGUGUCCGAGAAAACAUAUUCGACGGACAAUGUGUCCUUUCUACAUGGCCGGCUUCUGUCCCGACGGACCUCAAUGUACAAUGGGCCACCCAUCCCCCAAUCUCCCUUCGGCGCAAGCCUACGACCCUCCCACCCCUCCUCUCCAAAAAGACGUCGGUCCCCCACCUCCAGGGUACGGAAGAUAUGAUUUGUACGAUCCCUUCAACCCGGCACAUUGGCAAGUCUGGGCCGGCGUCGGCGGUAGUUCCGGAGGAAGGUUCGGUGGCUAUAACAACAAUGGCGGUGGGGGGUACAAUAACGCACCUCAAGCGAUCCCGAGUAAUAUCGACGAGGCGGCGAGGUCUGCGGCUGUCAAUCUGGCACAUCGGAUGGGUCUACGGGAUAUUCCCGAUGACGGAGGAAGGGCACAAGGGGGGAACCUGUGGAGGUAUACGGCCAUGGUGGAAAAGGGGCUCAUCAAACCUCCGAGCGAGGGAGGGAAGGGGUGGAAAUCGGCCGACGAGUUAAGGACGGUCACAUGUUAUCGAUGCGGAGAGAAAGGUCAUUACGCGACGGUCUGUCCGAACCCGGCCAAACCUGGAGAUCGAGGUGGCUUGAACCGAAGACGAAAGUGGCAAGAAGGCGAUCCCCCGCUCUGAGCCUUGUCCAAAGGCGGAAAUGGUCGGAUCGGCGCUGGUAUGUGCGGGGUGGGUUGGGAUGUUGUAUCAAGCUUUGCAUUGUAUUUCGCAACAACGGUGGCGUGGGUAUCGUAUGUCGUAUCGAUCAUACGAUCGAUCUUACCAGUAGCAUGACAUGACGUGCCUGCCUG